AUGACAGCUCUAGCCCUGUUCUCUGCCGGUUCUGUCGGGGCAUACAUCAUUGGCCGUAUCCUGCGAUGUUGGUUGGUCGAUCGGAUGUUUGUCUCGUUUGUUCUAUUUGUCUCGCGGCUUGAGCUUUCGAAACGAAGUCUUGACUGCAUCAUCGUCCCCUCUGCACCGCUUGAACGAGUCAUUUCUAUACCGAUCGGCUAA